AUGAAGAUGUUGACAAGACUCCAAGUUCUUACCUUAGCUUUGUUUUCAAAGGGACUUUUACUUUCUUUAGGAGACCAUAACUUUCUGAGGAGGGAGAUUAAAAUAGAAGGUGACCUCGUUUUAGGGGGCCUAUUUCCUAUUAAUGAAAAAGGCACUGGAACUGAAGAAUGUGGGCGAAUCAACGAAGAUCGAGGGAUCCAACGCCUGGAAGCCAUGUUGUUUGCUAUCGAUGAAAUUAACAAAGACAACUACUUGCUCCCAGGAGUGAAGCUGGGGGUUCACAUUUUGGAUACAUGCUCGAGGGAUACCUACGCAUUAGAGCAAUCACUGGAAUUUGUCAGGGCUUCUUUGACUAAAGUGGAUGAAGCUGAGUAUAUGUGUCCUGAUGGAUCCUAUGCCAUUCAAGAAAAUAUCCCACUGCUGAUUGCAGGGGUCAUUGGCGGCUCUUACAGCAGUGUUUCCAUACAGGUGGCCAACCUACUGAGGCUGUUCCAGAUCCCGCAGAUAAGCUACGCGUCCACCAGCGCCAAGCUCAGCGACAAGUCGCGCUAUGAUUAUUUUGCCAGGACCGUGCCCCCCGACUUCUACCAGGCCAAAGCCAUGGCCGAGAUCUUGCGUUUCUUCAACUGGACCUACGUGUCCACUGUGGCCUCCGAGGGCGACUACGGGGAGACAGGGAUCGAGGCCUUCGAGCAGGAAGCCCGCCUGCGCAACAUCUGCAUCGCCACGGCGGAGAAGGUGGGUCGCUCCAACAUCCGCAAGUCCUACGACAGCGUGAUCCGCGAGCUGCUGCAGAAGCCCAACGCGCGCGUCGUGGUCCUCUUCAUGCGCAGCGACGACUCGCGCGAGCUCAUCGCCGCCGCCAGCCGCGCCAACGCCUCCUUCACCUGGGUGGCGAGCGACGGCUGGGGCGCGCAGGAGAGCAUCGUCAAGGGCAGCGAGCACGUGGCCGACGGCGCCAUCACGCUGGAGCUCGCCUCCCAGCGCGUCCGCCCGUUCGACCGCUACUUCCAGAGCCUCAGCCCCUACAGCAACCACCGCAACCCCUGGUUCCGGGACUUCUGGGAGCAGAAGUUCCAGUGUAGCCUCCAGAACAAGCACAACCACCGGCGCCCUUGCGACAAGCACCUGGCCAUCGACAGCAGCAACUACGAGCAAGAAUCCAAGAUCAUGUUCGUGGUGAACGCGGUGUACGCCAUGGCCCACGCGCUGCACAAAAUGCAGCGCACCCUCUGUCCCAACACCACCAAGCUCUGCGACGCCAUGAGGAUCCUGGACGGAAAGAAGUUGUACAGAGAUUACUUGCUGAAAAUCAACUUCACAGCUCCAUUCAACCCAAAUAAAGGUGCAGAUAGCAUUGUCAAGUUUGACACUUUUGGAGAUGGAAUGGGACGUUACAACGUGUUCAACUUCCAGUACGUGGGCGACAAGUAUUCCUACUUGAAGGUUGGUCAUUGGGCAGAAACCUUAUCAGUAGAUGUCGACUCUAUCCACUGGUCCCGGAACUCAAUCCCCACUUCCCAGUGCAGCGACCCCUGUGCACCCAAUGAAAUGAAGAAUAUGCAACCAGGGGAUGUCUGCUGCUGGAUCUGCAUCCCCUGCGAGCCCUACGAAUACCUGGCUGAUGAGUUUACCUGUAUGGAUUGCGGCCUUGGGCAGUGGCCCACUGCAGACCUAUCUGGCUGCUUUGACCUUCCUGAGGACUACAUCAAGUGGCAAGAUGCCUGGGCCGUUGGUCCAGUCACCAUUGCCUGCCUGGGUUUUAUGUGUACAUGCAUGGUUGUGACUGUCUUUAUCAAGCACAACAACACACCCUUGGUCAAAGCAUCAGGCCGGGAGCUCUGCUACAUCUUGUUGUUUGGGGUUGGCCUGUCCUACUGCAUGACAUUCUUCUUCAUUUCCAAGCCGUCACCAGUCAUCUGUGCAUUGCGCCGACUAGGGCUGGGGACCUCCUUCGCUGUCUGUUACUCAGCCCUGCUGACCAAGACAAACUGCAUUGCCCGUGUCUUCGAUGGGGUAAAGAAUGGCGUUCAGAGGCCAAAAUUCAUCAGCCCAAGUUCUCAGGUUUUCAUCUGCCUGGGUCUGAUACUGGUGCAAAUUGUGGUAGUGUCUGUGUGGCUCAUCCUGGAGGUUCCAGGCACCAGGCGGUACACCCUUCCAGAGAAGCGGGAAACAGUCAUCUUAAAAUGCAAUGUCAAAGAUUCCAGCAUGUUGAUCUCACUUACCUACGAUGUGGUCCUGGUCAUCUUAUGCACUGUGUAUGCCUUCAAAACGCGGAAGUGCCCAGAAAAUUUCAACGAAGCCAAGUUCAUUGGUUUUACCAUGUAUACCACAUGCAUCAUCUGGUUGGCCUUCCUCCCUAUAUUUUAUGUGACUUCAAGUGACUACAGAGUGCAGACAACGACCAUGUGCAUCUCGGUUAGCCUGAGCGGAUUCGUGGUCCUGGGCUGUUUGUUUGCACCCAAGGUGCACAUCAUCCUGUUUCAACCCCAGAAGAACGUGGUCACACACAGACUGCACCUGAACAGGUUCAGUGUCAGUGGAACUGGGACCACGUAUUCUCAGUCCUCUGCAAGCACAUAUGUGCCGACGGUGUGCAACGGGCGGGAAGUCCUCGACUCCACCACCUCAUCUCUGUGAUUGUGAAUUGCAGUUCAGUUCUUGUGAUUUUAGGCUGUUAGAUGAAAGUGCUCACGUGCAGCUCCGGAAUGUGGAAACAGAGCAAAAGAACACCCCUAGUACCUUUUUUUAGAAACAGUACAAUAAAUUAUUUUUAAGGACUGUACAGUAUAUAGUGACGUGCUAGAACUUUUUAGACUGAUUUUAGUGUCCCUAUUAUUAACAAGUCCCCAGAACAUGGAAAUAACCAUUGUUUACAGAGCUGAGCAUUGGUGACAGGGUCUGACAGGGUCAGUCUAUUAGAAAAUACAGUGGCGAUAUUAGGU